AUGCUAGUGCGACGACUACUUCCCAUCACCGCCCAAUGGCGCCCGUUGGCGACGUCGGCUCGCUGUCGCUUACCUCAGAGAGAUCAGCAAAAGUACCUCCAGGAGUUUAGAAUGCGCUCGCUCCUCGAGGCGCCGAUCAAGCACUACGCCGACCAGCCGCUCCCGCCGUUCCACAUGCUGGCCCUCUGUGACCUGAGCGCUAAGCUUUCCCGGGAGUAUAUCCUCCAAAACGCCCAGCUGACCAUUGACCAAUUGCUCGGUUACACGGGUCGCCAGUUGCGCCGGUUCCGCCGCUUGCCGUACCUCGUGGUGCUCAACCCCGCCAUCGCCGAGUCCUACGAAACCUACCUUGCCACCCUCCAAUUACUCAUUACCGAGUCGGUGGCGCUACCCACUACCGCUGAGACCAACCAAAAGUUGGUCGACGGCGCUCUUACUCAAAUUAUCGACCUCCACGCCGACGCGCUCCCUCAGCUCCUGAAAGGGUUUAAUGAAGUGCUAGCGCUAGGCCUCAUGGACGCCCCCGAAGUGCGCCACUUCCUCGAUACCCAUCUAGAGGACCGGAUCAAAAUGCAGCUUGUAGCGCAGCACCACGUCGCCCUCCUGGCGUCAUUGGUGACCAACAACUAUACGCCGGGAUCGCGCUAUAACGGCAUUAUUACCGAGUGUAAUGCCGUCGAUUUGAUCCAUAAAAACGCCGAGUUCGUCAACGAUUUAAUCUUUGUCAAAUACGACGCCCACGUUAAUGUCGACGUCGAAGUCGUUGGCUCUGAACCGGUGUUGUUCCCCUACGUCGAGUACCACCUCGACUACAUUUUGACCGAGCUCUUCAAAAACUCGUUCCGCUCGCACGUGGAGAACCGGGUGAAACUGGCGGUUAAAGUGACGGUGUGCGCUGCCGGCGACGCUGUCGAGAUCCGGGUGCGCGACCGGGGCCAGGGGAUCAACCCCCACCUUAUCGGCGAUAUCUUCGAGUACUCGUUCCUGACGGUUGCCGCCGCCGACGACACCACGAUGGCGUACACGGCGCUGGCGGGCGACGACAACUUGGUGGCGGGGAUGGGGUACGGGUUGCCCCUCUCGCGCAACUACGUCGAGGUGUUUAACAACGACGGCGACGACCACAUCAACGGCAGCCUCUCGUUGCAGACGUACCCGGGGUGGGGCACCGACGCCUACCUCAAAAUCAGAAAUAACUGA